AUGGCACCAUCUAAUAACUUCAGCUGGCUUCACAGCAGCUGCAGCUUCCAAUCUCAGGCCGGUAGGGGUGGAUAUGGUAGACGCCAGGACGGCGUCAUACUCGUAAGGUACGAAGUGCUACGCGGUAGACGUUUUCUGUACCGGUGGUAUAGAGGCCUGUCUCUUCGGGGCAGCGUUGUCCCGGGGCCUAGACCCGAGCUUGUGGCACGCUCUACCAGCAUUGUUGGCGGUGAUCGCCAUGCACCGGACGCGCUGGAGAUCCAGGUACCUGGACUUGUGCCCGUACCUGUACUUGUGGUCUUGUCACCCGCUCUCCAGUGCCUGACAAGCGAGGCGUCACCAGCCUCAGUCAACAGUCCGUCAGCAGAACGCUUUUCGACCCUGUUUCCUCCAUCUCACUCACCCACAACAACCCCCUUUCCAAUCCCCAAUCCCCAAUCCCCAAUCUACAAUAUACAGGCCACGGAGCAGCAUCGUGAACCGCAGAGCUCUUCCUCCACCUUGCGUGGCCUACCGACAGAGGCCUACCUACGUGUCGACCGCGCCGCCCUUGGAUUCUCCGAUUCUCCGAUUCUCCCCUCCUCAGCCCUGGGUCCGCCCCGCGAUAUCUCUACUCACGGCCCCAAGUCCAUUUCCACGUCCAUUUUCCACGACGCAAAACCCACCUCACGUCCGCGCCAUCACCUCGCUAUCGUAGUAUCGAGUAUCGAGUAUCGAGCCCGUCACUGCCUCGCCCCGGUCCUAGUUCAGGCCCUGCUCCGGCACUCGCUCCCACGACCUAACUCGCCCGCCGUCUUGGUUCCAUUUCUCGCGCCCCGCCCCCAACGCCUUCCACCCUCACACUCCUUCCUCCACCGCCUUCAAAGAGAGAUGUCGGGCUAUCCAGGAUCCGGGUAUCAUGGAGGAGGAUAUGGCGCACCACCACCCCAUCAGUACCCGCCCCAGCCAAACUAUAACCCACCUCAGAACUAUGGCCCCCCACCACCCCAAGGAGGCUACUACCAGCAACCACCCCCGCCCCAGCAACCAUAUGGCUAUGGCCAGCCUCCCCCGCAACAGUAUGGUGGAUAUAAUGGCGCACCGCAGAAUGGACAGGGCUAUGGCAGAUCAGGGAUGCCUUCGGCAAGCUCUAACGCAUAUGUUCAAGGAAACCACAAUGCCCCACCCCCACCUCCCUCGGGUCUCCAGGAUUUCGGCAGCGGUGCGCCCCAGGGCUAUGCUUUCCAAUACUCGAACUGCACCGGUCGACGGAAAGCCCUCCUGAUUGGCAUCAACUAUUUCGGGCAGAGAGGGCAACUGCGUGGCUGCAUCAAUGACGUGAAGAACAUGUCGGCAUUUCUAAACGAGAACUUCGGCUACCAGCGAGAUGAUAUGGUGCUUCUCACGGAUGAUCAGCAAAAUCCAAUGAGCCAGCCGACGAAACAAAACAUAUUAAGAGCAAUGCACUGGCUGGUAAAAGACGCCCGGCCGAAUGAUUCGCUUUUCUUUCACUAUUCAGGCCAUGGGGGUCAAACCAAGGAUCUUGAUGGCGACGAACCGGACGGAUAUGAUGAGGUUAUCUACCCAGUAGAUUUUAGGCAGGUUGGGCAUAUUGUCGAUGAUGAGAUGCACAGAAUCAUGGUCACUCCACUACACCCUGGUGUCAGGCUGACUGCAAUCUUUGACUCUUGCCAUUCCGGAACCGCCCUGGACCUGCCAUAUAUCUAUUCCACCCAAGGUGUUCUCAAGGAGCCCAACCUUGCCAAGGAAGCCGGACAAGGUCUCCUCAGUGCUAUCUCGUCAUACAGCCAAGGCGAUCUUGGCGGUGUGGCUAGCAACUUGAUGGGUUUCUUCAAGAAAGCCACUACUGGCGACGAUGCAUACAACAAAACUAUGGCCACUAAAACCUCGCCAGCCGAUGUUAUUAUGUGGUCCGGAAGCAAAGAUGACCAGACAUCGGCCGAUGCGACUAUCGCCUCACAGGCCACUGGCGCAAUGUCGUGGGCCUUCAUUACCGCUAUGAAGAAGAACCCUCAGCAGAGCUACGUACAGCUCCUCAACAGUAUUCGUGACGAGCUCGCCACCAAAUAUUCCCAGAAGCCGCAAUUGAGCUGCAGCCAUCCCCUGAAUACGAAUCUGCUCUUCGUUAUGUAA